GAUGGAAGAAAAAAAAAUUCUUUUCGAAAAUAAUUUUUAACUCCAUUCGCCCUCACCCCGAGGGUCCAGCCGAAGGACCCCCCUGUCGUUCGGGGCCACAGUCGCCUUGUCAAUUUCGAGCCCGCCGAAAGGCAGCCAAGAAGGCCCAUUGCUUCCCUCGCUUGAGGCUUGCCUAGCCAGCCCUGGGCCAGACUCGGACUGGCUUGAGGCUUGGGGCUGGGGAGCUGGCCCUGCUCGAACCCUCAGACAUUGAGGCGUCCGACCAUCCGAGGAUCGCAACUUGGCCCAGGUCACUGGAUAUUGCCAUUGCCAUUAUCGCACAUGCGCCAUCGUCACUGGAGCGGUUUUGGCUUCAUCACGAGGUCUCACUGUGCUCAGGCCUCGUCAAGACCUAGUGCAUUCCGGCCAAGAGAAAUUCGAUUCGAAUGCCUCCGUACCCUAUGUACUGCAGAGAUCCACGCUGCUAUCCGCCGUUGUAACCUGCAAAUCGCUCGCUGCCGUCGGUCAAGUGCCUGGGGCCAUGCAAGAAAGCUAUUGGCAUUUGCAAUUGCGUUUGUUCCCUCGGGAAAACGAAUCCGUGUCUUGCACACACAAGAGUCGAUGUAUCCUACAUGGUUCGACAAAACGACAAACGUCCCCACGUUGACGUCUUUGUGCCAGGAGUACCAGAGUGAGACGGUCGUUCAUGACCUGGAUAUGGCUAAAGAUCGGAGACCUAAAGACCUGAAGAUCACUUCUCUGACCGUCAUUCCUCCACUCGACGCUUGGUACCCUUGGCUGGGUUAUGUGUCGUCUCGUCACUUGCGCCAGACCGCCACGACCGCCUUACCUGCCGGACGCAUUUGUAUGCUCAUCUGUCUGGUUACAGUGUCGGACGAGUGUCCCCCACACAGUCUCUCGCCUCCUUGCGGCAGCGGACAAUCCACGCUCAUUCCCAAGUUCGUUCCGGUGGCCUCGUUCGCUAGACACUGGCAUGCCUUCAAUCAUUGCGCAGGUGUUCGAUUCACCUGGUUGUCGUACCCGCGCGUCCGCGGCCGGGACGAAUUCGUUCUUGCGAGGGGUUUUGUCCCUGCUGAGACCGUCGUCGUCUCUGGACCAUGGCUUAAUACCUGAGUGACGUUGACUCACAUCCCUCGAAUGGGCCUUAUCUUGCUUUGCCCCGGAUCAUCCUCCAUGUCUCUUGAUUAUCGUCCCGGCCGCCGCUAUAGACGGCGUGGAGGGCAUGGAGGGCUGCUUAAUGGCUGCUCGCUAUCAGACCGUGCUUGAGGCUUUGAGCUCUGUCUAUCCCUUGUGUUCCGGGGAGGAUGAAUCCAACUUGAGGCGCCGCAUUCGCCGCCUCGCCGUU